CCACAGUUCCUUUCUCAUCGUCGAUGUGCUUAUUUUAAUGCCUCCGUCUUCAAGAAAUCAACGUGCGACUAAGAAAUUACAAAGAACUCCUUAUGACCGACAUGAAUCGGGAAAUCACCGACCCUUUUUUUCGGCUUUGAAGGCUACAGUCGCUUCUGUUUUGCGACCAUUCAGCAAUAGUUGGUCGAGCAAUGCUGAAAAAGAAACGCCUAAUCAUAAGAGAGCUUCAAGAAGUCUAUUGGAUCCAGAAUUGAGUCCUCACUACUUGGGACGAACUCCACAUAUUGUUCGCAUAAAUAACCGUAGUCACAUUCGCACACUAGAUGGAAUUGAAGGAAAGUCAAAUGAAGAUGAUUUGUCUUCUAAGCAAUUUUCCCAGGAUUUUGUAGAAAAUAAAACCGCUUCCCGCAGAGGUAGCAUGCAAUCCGGCUUACCGCCAGAAAAAUACCAACAGCUUUCUUCUGAGCCUCAUCUUCAGACCCCACCAUUAACUUCCUCUUCUGCGGCCUUGCUCGACAUUUUGCGCUCCAUUCGAACAAACCCCAAUGCGGGUAGCUUACCUCAUAUUACUCCUGUAUCUCAAUUAUCCACUAGUCAAUCUAGCAAAAAGAAUGUGCCUUCACAGCGUAUAGGACGCCGUUCUUCGACAAAGAGGGAUCUCCCCCAGAGACCCAUUUCAGAAACUAGAAAGACUGAUACAGGAAGGACAGAUGGUCAAAUAGCUCCCAGCUAUUCUUCAGAUGAACAUUUCCAAUCUGAUCAGAAGUCGCAGCACCCUAAAAGUACCAGUAGUAUCGAGUUACAUCCCAAAAAGAUCCGUAGGGAAGAGCCAGGAUUGAAAAGUGUGACUUCAGCUUCAAAGGAAGCUAGGAAGGAAAAAUUACGUCAAGAGUUGAUUCCUAUUGUUUACGAGACUCUUGAACGCAUUGAUUUAAAGAAACAGAAACUGGUGAAUGCUGAAGUCCAAACCGAAGAGCAACCUGGAAAUUCUAGUUCCGUAAACAAACAGGACUUCGUCUCUGAAUAUGAAUAUUCUUUCCCACCUGCCGCAGGGGGCAACAAAAAACGUGUGAGAGCUGCCUUUUCCGCAUUAGAUGAAGAUUUAGAUGAGCUUUUUGAUAAAGAUGAAGACACCGCUAUGACCGAUGCUGCUUCCCGUUCUAUGACAAAGCAUCAUGAGCCACUCAUUUCGGGUCCUGAUAAAAAGGCUCCUAAAACUUUGCUUCCUCGCUCAGGUCCUACCUUUGAACAACUUCAGUCCUCAUUGUCACCAAAGCGUAACCGUUCUGGUACAGAAGAGUCAGCAAUCGUACCGAGCAGUUAUCCUAAAACCCAAGAGAAGGAAGAUAUCCCAGCGAAGACAGCUGAAUCUACAAUUGACACUACAUUCACUCCGGCUGAAUCUCAAACCACAAGCACAUCAAAGAGUUUUGCAGCGAUACCCGAAAAGAAAGAUACCGAAAAACUUCCAGAAAGUUUGUCCGACAAUAUUCCAAAAUUCGAGUUUAAGUCUACUACUAGUGCUCCUAAAAGUAUUGCUGAAACCGAAGGUACGGAGAAUCAGAAUAAAACACCUAUCUUUUCUUUUGGUAAAUCAUCCGAUAAAGCCAAUGAGACUUCAAAUCAAACAACUUUUACAACUGAAAAACCUGCAGCCACUCAAAAACCUUUUACUUUUGGACAGCCUUCUGAAAAAGACCUUUCCGUAGAGAAAACUGAGGCUCCGAAACCUGCUUUCAACUUCAAGCCUGCUUCACCAAAUAAAGACGAGCAGGCUCCCGCGCUUUCGUUCAAUUUCGGCAAAAAACUCGAAGAAAAAGAACCCGAAAAUAGUAGUAAGCCUUCUUUCACCUUUGGUCUUCCUUCUCAGCAACAGCCGUCUAAACCUAUUACUCCAUCGUUUACGUUUGGUCAACCUACUGAUCGCAAGAUAUCAGAAAUUCCUACUAAACCUUCAUUUAAUUUUGGCCAGUUAGCUCCUAUCAAGAAAUCCGAAGAACAAAAAGUGGAAGUUGCUGAUUCGACACCUAGUGACAAAAACAACUUGAACGUUCCCAAGUUAAACUUCAAUUUUGGUCGGUCGUCCGAGAACAAGGAAUCUACUGCCUUGAAACCAGCGUUUUCUUUUGAUCAAGCUGCUACAACCGCCACAUCGCAAUCACCUCAACCGACGUUUACUUUCGGAAAACCCAGUACAGGACAAAAGAGUGCUAACAUUGCUACUGAACCAUCAACCAAUAUUGUACCCUCAGCUAAUACAGAAACCCCGAAGUUCACAUUCGGCCAAAAUGCUGAAAGAGAGGUUACUGAAGCUUCAAAGACUACCGAAGACAAAAAGGAGGAAGUCUCGAAACCGACUUUUUCAUUUGGACAGACUCUUAAAGGUGAUGAGCAGAUUGCUCCGGCUAAACCUUCAUUUAGCUUUGGACAAUCAUUCGCCAAGAAUGAAAAUAAGGAAUCGACAAUUCCCGCUGCCGAUAAUAAUGCUGCUAAGCCUACUUUCACUUUUGGUCAGCCCACGAGCUUAGGAACGUCGACUGCUACCAAGCCCACCUUUAGUUUUGGAACCUCCCAAUCGAAGGAUGAAGUAGCUAAAAAUGAAAAACCCACUACUUCUAUGUUUUCAUUCUCUAAACCCUCUGAUGUCAAUGUGAAAGAUAAUACUGAUCGUCAAAACGAAAGACCCGCGGAUGUGAAACCAGCUACUCCUGUAUUUUCUUUUGGAUCUAGUGGAGCUACAAAUACAUUCAACAAAACGGAAAAACCAACUGCUUUUUCCACUGGUAUAAAUGCUUCUACUUCAAACACCUUGACAGCAAACGAUGAGAACAAAGGUCCUACUGGAAAAAUAGAAUUAAAUGACCAGGAGAAGAAAAACCCAUUGAGUUUUACUUCCACUGAUAAGCCUUUUUCUUUUUCUAAACCUACAGAAUCCGAUACCGCUCAAACAACAGCGCCAUUUACAUUUGGGUCCAAUACUAAUCCUCCUGCUCCUAUUUUCGGCUCUUCCCCAUUCAACACGGCUACUAGCGGGAAUAUGAAGGCGCCUAGUUCUGAGUUCUCAGCCAACGGUCCUACUGGUGCACCAGGAUUCGGAUUAUCGGGUACAUCAAGUACCCAACAGCCAGACACCGCCAACGCUUCUGCCCCAUCUGGUUUUGGAAGUGGUUUCUCACAACCAAGUUCCCAACCUACUGGUAUCUUUGGAUCGUCAACUUUUGCAAGUACCAAUUCUCCUUUCUCUUCCAAGCCAAAUGCGGAUCCUAGUGGUUCUACAAGUACAGCAAAUACUUUUAGUAACACAGGCCAACCGCCUUCAGCAGGAUUUACCUUUGGAGCUUCAAAUAACACGAAUCCUUCUGGUUUUGGAGCAUCUAGUCCUAGUGGAUUUACCGCCAAUCUUGGUAAUACAACGCCUGCUUUUAGUUUCGGUGCAUCUCAGCCGUCCAAUCCGCCCAAUGCAGGAUUCUCAUUUAGUGGAGCCAGUACACCUGCUUUUAGUGCUGGUUCAAGUACUACUCAGUCUCCAGCCCCUCAAACUCAAAGCGGUAUACAAUUUAAUUUAGGAUCAACUAAUGAGCAGCCGAAUCCUCCUGCUGGAAGGAAGAUUGCAGUUCCUCGCAGCAGAAGAAAACGCUAAAAAUGAAUUUUUAUUAAAUAUUUGAAUGACAUGGGUAACUAGGAUAGAGAAAUAAAGUUAUAGAUUUUUUAUUUACAGAAUUGUCUAAGCAAUUUAAAAAACAUAAAAGAAUAAUUAACAACUGUUACUACCCAAAACCUAUUUUAAAC